AUGUUAUUUUCAUCCCGUUGUCUCCUUGCUCCUACCCUUCUCUCACUGUUUCUAGCAGAAAGCACUGUCGCCGACCAGGCGAAAUCAAGAGCACAAACCGCUCUUAGUACCCUUCAGGAUUGGUACAAUUCUACGAGUGGCCUGUGGGAUACUUGUGGAUGGUGGAAUGGCGCCAACUGCAUGACAACGAUCGCAGACCUGGCUGCCCUAGAUCCAUCCGCCAUGGAGACCGCGACCUAUGUCUUCAACAACACCUUAAUCAGGGCACCGGCUUCGAACCCCCAUCCAGGCCCAGAGACAAAAGCGAAUAACAAGCGGAUGGCACUGUGGGGACGCUCCAAUGCUGUCAAUGCCUCGCAAUGGCUCGACUCGGCCUACGACGAUGACGGCUGGUGGGCCCUUGCAUGGAUCGCUGCAUACGAUGUCACUAAGAAGCCUGCCUAUCUGCAACUCGCAGAGGGGAUAUUCUCAGCAUUGACAUCUGCAUGGGGAACACAAUGCGGCGGCGGCAUUCCAUGGAAUCCCACGGAUAAGUAUGUCAAUGCAAUUACCAAUGAGCUUUUCUUGUCGACAGCAGCACACUUGGCAAAUCGAGUCCCAAGCAGAAAAGCAAAUUAUACGACCUGGGCCAAGCGGGAGUGGGACUGGUUCGCGGCCCAGGGCUUCAUCGGCGAUAAUGGAACCAUCAACGAUGGGUUGUUAGACAACUGCAAAAAUAAUGGCGAUACUGUCUGGUCCUACAAUCAGGGGGUUGUGCUCGGGGGUCUUGUCGAGCUGAACAAGGCCGCUCCCAACCAUACAUAUCUCGAAUCUGCCCACCACAUUGCAAAAGCAGCAAUCAAAACCCUCGCCGACUCCAAUGGGGUAAUCCAUGAUUCCUGUGAAUCGGACAACUGUGCUCCCGACGCUACCCAAUUCAAGGGCAUUUUCAUGCGAAACCUGGUAAAGCUGCACAAGGCCUCGCCCGAUGAUGUUUAUAAGCGGAUCAUUGAGAGUUCUGCGAAAAGCAUCUGGGAGAACGAUCGUAACUCGAAGAAUCAAUUGAGUGUGAACUGGGCGGGCCCCUUUCAUCAACCGGUGGAUGCUUCAUCGCACAGUUCGGCGCUGGAUGCACUGGUUGCCGCUGCCGCUCUAUGA